CUAGAAUGUUUCAGACAUUUAAAGAAUGGUUCUGGAUGGAAAGAUUCUGGCUUCCUCCAACAAUAAAGUGGUCGGAUUUUGAAGAUCAUGAUGGACUUGUUUUUGUAAAACCUUCUCAUCUAUACAUGUCAAUUCCAUAUGCUUUUGGAUUGCUGAUUAUCAGAUAUUUCUUUGAAAAGUUUGUUGCCACACCUCUAGCAAAAACAUUUGGCAUUAAAGAAAUAGUUCGAAAGACUGCUACACCAAAUACUGUCUUAGAGAAUUUUUUCAAUUAUUCCACAAGACAUCCAUCGCAAACAGAUAUUUAUGGCCUGGCAAAGAAGUGUAACUUGACAGAGCGCCAGGUUGAAAGAUGGUUUAGGAGUCGACGGAAUCAAGAGAGGCCUUGCAGGAUAAAGAAGUUCCAGGAAGCUUGCUGGCGAUUUGCAUUUUACUUAAUGUUGACUGUGGCUGGAAUUGCAUUUCUUUAUGAUAAACCUUGGCUAUAUGACCUUUGGGAGGUCUGGAAUGGCUAUCCCAGACAGCCCUUGCUGCCAUCCCAGUACUGGUACUACAUUUUAGAGAUGAGUUUUUACUGGUCUCUGAUAUUUAGCCUUGGCUCUGAUGUCAAGAGGAAGGAUUAUUUCGCUACCAUCAUCCAUCACCUGGCUGCUAUUAGUUUGAUGAGCUUCUCUUGGUGCGCUAAUUAUAUUCGCAGUGGGACCCUUGUGAUGAUUGUGCAUGAUGUGGCUGACAUUUGGCUGGAGUCUGCAAAAAUGUUUUCUUAUGCCAGAUGGAAGCAAACCUGUAACAUCCUGUUUUUCAUCUUCUCUGCCGUAUUUUUUGUCAGCCGCCUCAUUAUUUUUCCCUUCUGGAUUUUAUAUUGCACGCUGAUUCUGCCUCUGUACUACCUUGAGCCUUUCUUUUCAUACAUCUUCCUCAACCUACAGCUCAUAGUCCUGCAAGGCCUUCACCUGUACUGGAGUUUUCUCAUCCUGAAGAUGCUCAAAAGAUGUAUAUUCACGAAGAGUACCCAGGAUGUGAGAAGUGAUGAUGAUGAUGAUGAAGAGGAAGAGGAAGAGGAGGAAGAAGAGGAGACUCCCAAAGGCAAAGACAUAGACUGUUUGAAGAAUGGCCUCGGGGCUGACAGGAACCUCAUUCCCAAUGGUCAACAUGGCUGUUAG